CCCCUGACCCUGCGCGGCGGCAGCGGCAGUGGCGGCGCCUGCUGCCCGUUUCCUGCUGGCCUGGCGGCGGCUUGGUGCUGCUGCUGCUGCAGCACUGGGCGGGCGGGAGAAUGCGGCGCAGGUCUCGGAUGCUGUUCUGCUUCGCCUUCCUCUGGGUGCUGGGCAUCGCCUACUACAUGUACUCGGGGGGAAGCGCCGUGCUCGCCGGAGGCGGCAGGAAGGAGGACCUAAAUAACAUUGCAUUAAAUAAGAAAGAUCAGCGCAAUAACAAUGGGGAUGAAAAGUCACAAGGCAUGGAAACCCUUCCACCAGGAAAAGUUAGGUGGCAAGACUUCAACCAGGAAGCUUAUAUUGGGGUUACUAUGGUCAGAGCUGGACAAGACCCAUAUGCUCGUAAUAAGUUUAAUCAAGUGGAGAGCGAUAAAUUGCAAAUGGACAGAAAUGUUCCAGACACAAGACAUGAUCAGUGUCAGAGAAAACAGUGGCGGAUAGAUUUGCCAGCUACUAGCGUGGUAAUCACUUUUCACAAUGAGGCAAGAUCAGCUUUGCUUCGUACAGUUGUCAGUGUUCUCAAAAAAAGUCCAUCACAUCUUAUCAAGGAGAUCAUAUUGGUAGAUGACUACAGUAAUGACCCUGAGGAUGGUGCUCUUCUGGGUAAAAUUGAGAAAGUGCGGGUCCUACGAAAUGACCGGCGGGAAGGCUUGAUGCGUUCUCGUGUUCGAGGGGCAGAUGCAGCACAGGCCAAAGUACUGACAUUUUUGGAUAGUCAUUGCGAAUGCAAUGAGCACUGGCUGGAACCUCUUCUGGAGAGAGUAGCUGAGGACAAGACCAGAGUUGUUUCUCCUAUAAUUGAUGUAAUUAAUAUGGACAACUUCCAGUACGUGGGGGCAUCAGCUGAUUUAAAAGGCGGCUUUGAUUGGAAUUUGGUAUUCAAAUGGGAUUACAUGACACCAGAGCAAAGAAGAGCACGCCAAGGAAACCCAGUUGCUCCCAUAAAAACACCAAUGAUCGCUGGUGGACUCUUUGUGAUGGACAAACUUUAUUUUGAAGAGCUAGGAAAGUAUGAUAUGAUGAUGGAUGUGUGGGGUGGAGAAAAUCUAGAGAUUUCAUUCCGUGUGUGGCAGUGUGGUGGGAGCCUUGAAAUAAUCCCAUGCAGCAGGGUCGGCCACGUGUUCCGCAAGCAGCAUCCUUAUACCUUCCCUGGAGGAAGUGGUACUGUUUUUGCAAGAAAUACACGUCGAGCAGCAGAAGUCUGGAUGGAUGAAUACAAAAAUUUCUAUUACGCAGCAGUGCCUUCAGCCAGAAAUGUACCUUAUGGCAAUAUUCAAAGCCGAUUGGAACUGAGAAAGAGACUUAACUGCAAACCAUUCAAGUGGUAUCUUGAGAAUGUGUACCCAGAAUUAAGGGUACCUGAUCACCAAGAUAUUGCUUUUGGGGCCUUACAGCAAGGAACCAAUUGCCUAGACACUUUAGGCCAUUUUGCAGAUGGCGUGGUUGGCGUUUAUGAAUGUCAUAAUGCUGGGGGGAACCAGGAAUGGGCCUUAACAAAGGACAAGUCAGUGAAGCAUAUGGAUUUGUGCCUUACUGUUGUAGAUCGAGCUCCUGGCUCACUCAUAAAGCUUCAAGGCUGCAGGGAAAAUGACAGUAGACAGAAAUGGGAACAAAUUGAAAGCAACGCCAAGCUGAGGCAUCUGGGUAGUAACCUGUGUUUAGACAGCCGGAAUGCAAAAAAUGGUGGCCUGACUGUUGAAGUCUGCAAUCCUUCGCUGUCACAGCAGUGGAAGUUCACACUUAAUCUACAGCAGUAGAAGGGUUUGCACACAAGUACUGUCUCACAUCCUAAACCUUGGGCAACAUUUUGCUGAUUGCGUUACUGAUACUUUAUAUACCUCAGUAUUCCAUCUUUUUGAAAGCAGCUGGCAGCAACUAAAGUGAACAAAAGGGAAGCAAGUGAACUGGGGACCCUGCCAUUGUUUGACCGAAUAUAGCUGCGGCACGACGCACUCCCUUCUACCAUAAAGGCUUACCAGUUCCUUUCCAGCUUCAAGCUAGCACCUACACAGCAGAUGAUUAACACCCCUAGAAACAGGUGUACAGGACAAAACUGCUUUCAACACACAGGGGGUGGGGAGGGAGGGAAUAGUUGCAGGGGGAGGGGAAGUAAAUUGCUUGGAGAGGAUAAUUGGUAAUCUCCAUAUACAUAGAAUUCAGUGUUUGUGGUUUCCAGAAAUCAAAGCAUCAUUUUUGAAGGUUUUGCCAUGUGUCCUUGAUAUAUUUGACCAUGAACUUUUCUAUGACAGGACUCUGAAUAGAAACAUGUAUGUAUAUAUAUACACACACACACAUAUAUAUUAUCAAAAUCUGCAGCUUUCUAUCAGUUUUGGUCAUCUUGUAAUUUAUCAAGAAAGCAAUUGACACUUCACUAGUAAGUGGACUGGAUUGUUAUAGACAAACAAACGUUUGCAAAGGUGCAGGUUUAUGCUGCUGAGUCAUGUUCAUGCAAACACUGGAUGUUUCUGCUUUGCAAAGUGUGCCUCCUUCUUUGCAGUUCCUCCUCCUGACAGACUUUGGAACCCUGCAGAGGAGGGCAGCAAAAUGGCAGAAAGGAGCUCAUAUGCUUCAUCUCCACCAGCAUUCUCACCUCCAGUUUGGGAAUUCAUGCCCUGUUCUCUAGCUAUCUGUAAGCUUGGUAUUUGUGUUGAUCAAUUCUAGGCUAUUUUAUCCUUUAAAUACUACUUUUAAAAAAUAAAAUAAUGCAGCUAUGAGGGUUAGUAUGUCCUGGGUAGUGUUCAUCUCACUAUGGUUUUCUUUUAAAAAGUUGUCAAAGUCAUGGAACUGACAGAUAGCACAAGACCACUGUAGCCUUUGCGUGGAAGCGCAAACAGCUACUUAGUAUCAGCACUGCAGCUGUUACGCUCCUGGGAUAUCAUGAUUUGGGUUUUCACUUUAGGUCUGUCUUUUUAACUAGGUCUUUAAAACUAGGCUUUAGAAAAAUAGUCUGAGAGGUAGUAGCUCAUCGCAAACAGUAGUUUCAAUCUAACUGGUAUUUUCAUGUAAAAAUAGGACUUGAUGGGAUCUUUGACUUGUUUUUUCUGGACUUCAUAGACUUCUUAAAAAUAAAAUCAGGUGUCUGUAAGAUACUGUUGAAAAGGAAGUAGCAUUCAUAAGCAGCCAUCUAGGGAUUAUCAAAGAUAUGGAUAAACUAUUACUAAAUCAUGUCUUGAUGGGUUUUUGUUGCAUAGAUGAGAGUAUUUUUAUGAACUGUAUUUUCCCUUAUAGCUGCAGUAUUUGCCACACGUGGGCAUCUUUCCAUGUAUACAGGGCUUUAUCUUUGCAGUACACUGAAAUCAAAUAGACCAAUGAACAUUUGGAUUUAUGUGGGCUACUUGUGACCCCUGCAGGAAAUGUUUUGAAAUGAGGUAUGAAUGCUACAGGGUUUGAGCUUAUAAUUCUUUUUUCCUUGAGUAUGUGAUGAGGCAAGGGAAGAUCCUCCUCUAUCCUAAUGUUCUUUCUCCCUAGUAAAAAGUAUGAGAUGUGUUCUGUUUAAUACAUAUUUGAAACAAAAAGAGAGAGAGAAAGAAAUCUUAAAAUAACUAUGGUGGUGUUGGUGGGGGGAGGGGAAGAACAGGAAGAUUGGAUCGGGGAUGCUUAGUUACUGGUGGUGUUUACUUGUGUGGUCCCCUCUGCAACAGAAGGCUUGAGAUGAGGAGUCAUCGGAGGUGGUAUUAUAGUAUUAUAUAUCAUUGAUGUCUUGAAAUUGAGAAACUAAUUGAAAAUAAUCCAGUGCUUCUGCAGAGGGAAUUAAUACAUCCUAAGAUUUUAUCAUAUUCUGCUAUGAAUCAAAAACUAGUUGGCGAACUACCCAAUCUUUGCUAAAUUAAGUAUUAGAAUCUUGUUUGCUGGCAAGAUUUUUCUAAAGAAGUUUUUGUCAGUUCUGCAUUGUGAAAUGGGGGAUAUAAUUCUCAAAAUCUGUAAGUGCUAUGUGGAAGGGAUCUCUGCUGCAAGCAAGCUGUGGGUCAUGGUAUUGUAUGGUCCCUGGUUCAGAACAGAAAUGUUGUAAUGUCUUGUUAACCAUGUUUACAUGACACAGUGUGCCAAAGUGAUUUACUGUGACUCCAUCCUUUUAAUGGUCCAUGGAUUUGGGGGUGCAGUGCUCCAAGUACUGCUGCUGUGAAAAUAUUUUUUGUCAACAGGCCAGGCAAGGGAACCCUGUAAAGAAAUGAAAUGUCAGUGGUGGCUUCUGACCCCAAGUCUAAGAAAUAGCCAAACCCCCCUCCCUUGCCAUCUUUUUAAAAAUAAAUUACUAGAAUCCCUUAAAACAAACUGCAAUGUUAUCUCUGUUCUAACUUUUAUUAGCGUCUUCAAAGCAAAAAUGAUGGUGGUACAUGUGAGUUGAUUUUGCAAAUUAAAUAUAGUUUGUCAUUUCAGUUGGUUUUUAAAAUCUGCUGUACAGAGCUUGUACUUUGUUCAUUUUAUAGAUGGAAACCAUCCUUGAAAAAUAAAAAUGUUUGUUUAACUUAAAAUAAAUACUUUAUAGAUAAAA